UCGGUCGGGCAGCCAGGAAUGUGACCGAGGAGCUUCACCUGCAACCAUCCGCCCCGGGAGGACUCCAUCCCUCAGCCUCUGCGAGCAGCGUGUGACUGCUGCUGCCCGGGGAGUGCCCGGCGGGCGGAGACACCAGGCCUGAACACAAUGAGCAGCCAGGACAAAUGGGUCACCCUGACCCCGGCCGAGUUCGCCCUGCUCCAGGAGUACACUCAGUACUCGACCAAGAAGUUGAAGGAUGUGCUGCAGGAGUUCCAUGGAGACGGCGUGUUGGCUAAAUACAAUCCAGAGGAGGAGAUUGACUUUGAGGGCUUCAAGGUCUUCAUGCAGACGUUCCUGGAGAGCGAACUCCCAGAAGAGUUCUGCCAACACCUCUUCAUGACGUUCAGCAGCAAGAGGCCCGAGCGCAGCCCCUCCUCUUCGGACAAGCCCCGAGUGUCUGGGCUGAAGCUGAUCAAAGGCAGCUCGACCCCCGUGAGGACGGCGGCCGCUCUGGCCCCGCCUCCGGGCACGGUGCAGCUGAAGGACAUCGUGUGUUACCUCUCGCUGCUGGAGUGCGGGCGGCCCGAGGACAAGCUGGAGUUUAUGUUCCGCCUCUACGACACCGAUGGGAACGGCUCUCUGGACAGCUCGGAGCUCGAGCUCAUCGUGUCCCAGAUGAUGCACGUCGCCGAGUACCUGGAGUGGGACGUCACGGAGCUGAAGCCAAUCCUCCAGGACAUGAUGCAGGAGAUCGACUACGAUCGCGAUGGCACCGUGUCUCUGGAGGAGUGGAUCCAGGGAGGCAUGACCACCAUCCCGCUGCUGGUGCUGCUGGGCCUGGAGACGAACGUCAAAGACGACGGGCAACACGUGUGGAGGCUGAAGCACUUCAACAAGCCGGCCUACUGCAACCUGUGCCUCAACAUGCUCAUCGGCCUCGGGAAGCAGGGCCUCUGCUGCUCCUUCUGCAAGUACACCGUCCACGAGCGCUGCGUGGCUCGCGCGCCGCCGUCCUGCAUCAAGACGUACGUCAAGUCCAAGAAGAACACCGAGGUCAUGCAUCAUUUCUGGGUGGAGGGGAACUGCCCCACCAAGUGUGACAAGUGUCACAAAACCAUCAAGUGUUACCAGGGCCUGACUGGGCUCCACUGUGUGUGGUGUCAAAUCACGCUCCACAACAAGUGCGCCUCCCACGUGAAACCCGAGUGUUACUGCGGACCCCUGAAGGAUCACAUCCUGCCCCCCAACUCCAUCUGCCCCGUGGUCCUGGAGAGACAGACGACCCUGAGGAAGGACUCCCGGGCCAGUCAGUCGAGCCGAGGAAAGAUGCAGAGAGCCAACUCCGUCACCGUGGACGGCCAAGGCCUCCAGAUCACAACAAUAGAGGGCACUCAUCCUCUGCUCGUGUUCGUCAAUCCGAAGAGCGGGGGGAAGCAGGGCGAGCGGAUUUACAGAAAGUUCCAGUAUCUGUUGAACCCAAGGCAAGUGUACAACCUGGCCAAGAAUGGACCCAUGCCGGGGCUGAACUUCUUCAGGGACGUCCCCGACUUCAGGGUGUUGGCCUGCGGCGGGGACGGCACCGUGGGCUGGAUCCUGGACUUCAUAGGUACAGAACCCACAUUUCAUAACACCGACUAUCUGGCCCUGAGUUCACGAGGUGCCUCCGAUAAGGCCAACCUGGACCGGAACCCCCCCGUGUGCAUCCUCCCUCUGGGCACGGGCAACGACCUGGCCAGAUGUCUGCGGUGGGGAGGAGGCUACGAGGGCGAGAGCCUCCUGAAGAUCGUGCGCGACAUUGAGAACAGUUCGGAGGUGAAGCUCGACCGCUGGAAGAUCGACGUCACGCCCGCCGACAAGGAGGAGAGAGGAGACCCGGUGCCCUACGGCAUCGUCAACAACUACUUCUCCAUCGGAGUGGACGCCUCCAUCGCUCAUCGGUUCCACGUCAUGAGGGAGAAGCAUCCGGAGAAGUUCAACAGCAGAACAAAGAAUAAGCUGUGGUACUUAGAGUUCGGCACUUCGGAAACCUUCUCGGCCACGUGUAAGAAGCUCCACGACUUCCUGGAGGUGGAGUGCGACGGCGUUACGCUGGACCUCACCAGCAUCUCCUUGGAAGGCAUCGCCAUUCUCAACAUUCCCAGCAUGCACGGCGGCUCCAACCUGUGGGGCGAGAGCAAGAAGAGGAGGGGCAACCGCAAAGGGGGCAAAAAGAGCCAAGACAAGAGGACGCCGGUGCUCGACCCCAAGGAGCUCACGUUCGCCGUGCAAGACCUGUCCGACCAGCUGCUGGAGGUGGUGGGGCUGGAAGGAGCCAUGGAGAUGGGUCAGAUCUACACCGGCCUGAAGAGCGCCGGGCGCCGCCUGGCACAGUGCUCCUCCGUGACCAUCAGGACCAGUAAAUCCCUCCCGAUGCAGAUUGACGGGGAGCCCUGGAUGCAGACGCCCUGCACGAUCGAGAUCGUCCACAAGAACCAGGCCCCCAUGCUGAUCGGACCGCCGCAAUGCCGCAGCUUCUUCUCCGUCAUCAGACGAACGCGCACCGAGAGCAAAGACUGACGGGUUCAAGACCUUUUUCCUUCUUCUCGAGGUCCUCACAAAGCACCUACAAGUUGAUCCCCAGAGCAACGUUGGUGAACGGGGGGGUUUUCGAGGCCCGUUGACAUCCCAGAGCAACGUAGCAAAAUCCGUAGGUUCCGUGUGUUAUCGCCGGCGGCGUGAAGACGUCGACCGAGAAGCCCGAAAUUUGUCUCGGACUGAGGGCGUGUUUGAGAGCGGCGCUUCGGCCUACAGUGCGUAGAGUAGUUUAGCUCCAAAAAGCUAUUUUGAAAGCUAUUUCGGGAGGUCGUUUUUCCCGAAAUAUUUUUUCUUUGCUGUUGUGAUGUGUGAAAAACCUCAGAUGAAUGUGUUUUGGUAAUAUGAUGUAUUUUAUUUAUUCAUUCAUAUUUUGCUGCUAUUGAUGGUUUUUUUGUAGUUUCAUUUUGUAGUAUUUGCAUGAGGGACGGACGGACAGUGGGGGGAGGGGUCGGAUCCGACAUAUCUUGAGUGUUUCGUACGUUUGCUCAGCGUUUUCUUCGCCAACGGCUUCAAGUGGUGAAAAAGACGAGAGAGUCGCUUCCGCUUUCUUCUUAAUGGUUCCUGCGAGUCAUCCUCGUCAUGUUUUUGAUCUGCCGUGUGUGUUGUUUUUUUUUUGUCGCUCCGGCGGCAGAAAAAAAGAUUAGGAAUGAUUAUUGAUCCUCAUGAAAAAUGCAUGACGCACUUUGUUUUUAACGUCGCACGAGAGAUUUUGCAGGACAGUUUUACAGGACUGUGUGCACACUUUCUGUCGCAUGAGUGACCGAGAUCUGUUUUGACACUUGUGGAAAUUGAUUAUUUAUUAUUUAAUUAUUUUUAAUCUACGUUUUCAGUGCCGCUCGGUUUAUAAACCAUAUCAUACUUUGUAACAUGUCUGCAUUUUUAUGGGAUCCUGUAUUUCUUUUUUUUCUUUCUGAGCAGGGUACUCGGGUACUUUUAAAAUAAAAUGGAAAAAGCAGCAGAAAAAAAGUAGAGACAGUGACUGGAGAGGUGGAUAUUCACAAGAGUGGUCAUUGAUCUGCUCUGAUGUCUACGGCUGAGUGUUUACAGUCCGCUGCGCAUAAAAGCGUGCGUUGGAACAAUUAAGGUCUGAAAAACAAAAUGACUAUUGACAUAUAUAUGUAGGAGCUUGAUUCAUUGAAGAAAUACAGAAAAUCAAUGCCGUCCAAUAUUUAGAGGAUUUUUUCGGAAGGCAUUUUACAGCCACUGACUUUCAUUUAAAGUGCUUAUUUCAUGAAAGUCUCCUUUAUACAGGCACAUAGCAUUAUUAUGGAUGGUAAUGGUUGUUAUUCAGUACAUUUCUGCAUUUAAAUAGUAUUUAUUUUCAUUCAGUCCCAUUUUGGGUGAUUUCUUAGUGAUAAACUUGGUAAAGUGUUGUUUUUUAAACUGAAUUGCACUCCUUAGUCUCGAAUGUCUGUCUUUUAAAAGUGCCAUGUGCCAGUGGAGACGGAUCUGAUGAGUCUCCAAUCUCUUUUUUUUGCUGCAUUUGUACAGUGAAGUUGUAUUUUUGUACACAGUAUUUAUUUAUUUGACUGCUUACUGCUUUCAUUCUAGAACUCACACAGCAUUGUUCUGCCUAAAAACUUAAUUCUGCCUGCCAAUGUUGACUGGGAAAAGUGAAUAAUGAUGAAUAAUAAUUAAAAAAAAGAUGUUGUUGGA